AUGAGCUCCGCUACCACCCAAAAGAUAUACCACGAGGAGGUUGACUUUACUCUCUACCCAGAUCCCAAUAUGUUCAACAAUUUUCCCUACAGCGCGGCGCAGAAUUACAACAUGGAAGCAGCCUACGCAUUCCCAGGAGAUGAUGGUUACCCUACAAGCACCGGACUGAACACGGCGGCCAUGUAUGCUGAAGCUCCACAAUACGCCGCUGCUCUCGAGUCGCCCGACCUUCGGGCAGCACCUUCCAACUACUCGACUGCAUCUGGGCCGUCGGCAACAUCUUCGGCCAUGGGGUCACCACACUCCAUCCAUGGUCACGCCGUCUCUCUCCCAGAAUGGGCCGCCCAUGGCCUGGGAUCGAAUCCCAGCAUCGUUUCGUACGAUAAUUACUCCCUCGGCAACGAGUACAGCUUUCAACCGACAGGUAUGGACGACUUUGCUUUCGAGUUCCAGUCCAAGCCCAAUGGCUUUGUUGGUGAGUGUCAGGCCGCUACUCCAUCCCUUCCUCAGCACGGUUCCACCUCGUCAAAUUGCGAGUCGUUGUCUCUUCUCUCUACGUUGGUCAAUUCUCCGAAAGAGAUGGACACUCCGACAGGUCGGAUGAGAAAUGGCUCUGCCUCAUGGUCAAUGGCUUCCCCUGCUACACCCGUGAGCGCAGCCAGAUCUGACUGGCGAGAUGAAGUGUUCAGAUCCCCCGUUUCUUCCUUUUCAAUCUCUCCUACAGACUCUCGACGCCCUUCGCAGGCCUUUCAUUAUUCUCCUCUGUGCGGCUCUGUUACCCGGACGCAAGAACUGCGAUCCCCUAUCUCCGCAGGCUCUCAAAACUCGGCUGCCGAGAUGUCUCCAUCUCGCGUAACAUUCCACCCGUCUCCUUUCUUUACUCAAUCUAGUGGCAAUUUCGUCGCGCCUCUCCACUCUUCUUGUCGGUUUCCUCUCUUGUCAAUCCAGCGUGUUCCCCUUGAUCGAUACAUCAAAUCGCUUCUUGUCGCCACUCGGCUAAUAUGCUUUUCUCUAGACCCAUCAAUCCUCCACCCUCAAUAUACCGCUCGCCCGACAUGCGCGAGACAGUCGAACGAAGAUUCUGUCCACCCACCACCCCCAUACCCCGGGUCACCAUCCCUCUCGUCACACAUCGCGAGAAGCCCGAGACCGAUGAAACAGGGGAGCCAGUCGCCUUACUCCCACGCCUCCACGUAUCCUUAUCCGCCCCCUCGCCGACCAUCGAUCCAGUCAUACGGCAGCCAGGAUGGCAAUUUCAGCAGCGAGGAGUCCAAGGAGAAGGGUCGCUGCUCCUAUCCUGAGUGUGGGAAGGUGUUCAAGGAUCUGAAGGCGCACAUGUUGACUCAUCAAACCGAGCGACCGGAGAAGUGCCCGAUUCAAAUCUGUGACUACCACGUCAAGGGAUUUGCGCGUAAGUAUGACAAGAACCGACACACCUUGACCCACUACAAGGGGACGAUGGUUUGUGGUUUCUGCCCCGGGUCAGGGUCUGCGGCAGAGAAGUCGUUCAACCGCGCCGACGUCUUCAAGCGACACCUGACCUCGGUCCAUGCGGUCGAGCAGACACCGCCCAACUCGCGGAAGAAGACCUCGGGCAACGUCAACAGCGUCAAGAAACCGUCCGGCUACGCCCCCGACGCGACCGGUAAAUGCUCAACGUGCUCUGGGACUUUCAGCAAUGCUCAAGACUUUUACGAGCAUCUGGACGAUUGUGUCCUGCGCAUUGUGCAACAAGAAGAGCCAUCGGAGGCGAUUAAUGCUGCCCGACUUGCCGAGGUCGAGCAGGACCCGGACGUGCACCAAACGCUCCGCAACAACGCCUUGCCUCUCACCACGACCACGACGACGACGACGACGACUAGCUUCUUAGGGGACGAGGAGGACGAGGAGGACGAAUUCGACGACGAGAGGGAUGAUGACUUUACGCUGCGCUCCCGGACCCGCACGAACAAGAAUCGCAACCCGGUCAACGGGGUCCAGAAAUCACGCGGCAUGACUCACUCCAAAGGAGGCGUCACGCUCAACACCAAGGGCCGCAAGAAGCGCAAGGACUACCCGUCAUCCUGGGGCUGCCCCAUCUCCCAGAUGAAGAUGAAGAAGCGCGUCCUCUGCGUCUUUGACGGGCCCCGGCGCCUCUGGAAAGACGACAUGAUGCUGAACACGGACUACGAGGUCCGCAUGAAGCUGCAGGACGAGAAGGCCUACGUCACCGAUCUCGACGUGCAGACGAUGCGCCGCGCCGACGCCUUCCACCACUCGACGGCGGAGGAGAAGGGGCCGUGGGUUAGUGAUGAUUUGACUGGUAUGGACUUGGAGAAGCUGAUGGAGGUUCAGCGUGAGUGA